CCAGUUUCUGCUUGGCGGGAGUGUUUGCCACCCCAUCUUGGCACAGCCCUAUAUGCAUAUAUAUUUCUUGAAAUUUAUUUUUGAAACAUUUUUCGCUCUUUCUGAUUUGGCUUGCAAGAGGGGAACCCCUAUCCCUGACUGAUAGGAGAAGACAAAUAAGAAAUUGACCUUCCUUUGCAGCGCCAGUCAACCAUGACAGCGGGAGCAGUUGCGUGACUGGUGACGUCUCUGAGUCCUAUAGGUGCAGGGGCUGGUGAGAUAGUAGGAAAUACUCGGAGCUGACUGACAUCCCCCACUUCUCCUGAAGGCCCUGGGAAGGAGGAGAGCUGGGAGUUUCUGAGCGGAGGACCCAGCGAGGGCAACUCGGACCAUGGCGGACGCCGACGAAGCCUUUGGCCUCCCGCAUACGCCCUUGGAGGCCGAGUCUAAGGAGCUGCCUCCCGAGGCCAAGCAGGAGAACCCUCUGGGGAGCAGCAGCAAAGCCCCCGCGUCCCCGCAGGCGGCUUUCACCCAGCAGGGCAUGGAGGGGAUCAAAGUGUUUUUACACGAGCGAGAACUGUGGCUGAAAUUUCAUGAAGUGGGGACCGAAAUGAUCAUCACCAAAGCGGGAAGGCGUAUGUUCCCCAGUUACAAAGUCAAGGUCACUGGACUGAAUCCCAAAACGAAGUACAUCCUGCUCAUGGAUAUUGUACCAGCUGACGACCACAGAUACAAAUUUGCAGAUAAUAAAUGGUCUGUGACUGGGAAAGCAGAACCUGCUAUGCCUGGACGGCUGUAUGUGCACCCAGACUCUCCAGCAACAGGUGCCCACUGGAUGCGGCAGCUGGUCUCCUUUCAGAAACUGAAGCUUACCAAUAACCAUCUGGACCCAUUUGGACAUAUUAUACUGAAUUCUAUGCACAAAUACCAGCCUAGACUGCACAUCGUAAAAGCAGACGAAAAUAAUGGAUUUGGAUCGAAAAACACAGCCUUCUGCACCCACGUCUUCCCAGAGACGGCGUUUAUCGCUGUGACCUCCUACCAGAAUCACAAAAUCACCCAACUAAAGAUCGAGAACAAUCCUUUUGCCAAAGGAUUCCGGGGAAGUGAUGAUAUGGAGCUGCACAGAAUGUCAAGAAUGCAAAGUAAAGAGUACCCAGUGGUUCCCAGGAGUACGGUGAGACAGAAGGUCACUGCCAACCAUAGCCCCUUCAGUGGGGAGGCCAGAGUUCUCUCAGCCUCUUCCAACUUGGGGUCCCAAUACCAGUGUGAGAAUGGCGUCUCCAGUACCUCCCAGGACCUGCUACCCCCUCCUAACCCAUACCCGCUGUCCCAGGAGCAUGGCCAGAUUUAUCACUGCACCAAGAGAAAAGGAGCAUACUGUGGAGUUUUGCAGAGGCAACAUGACUAGUGAAUCAAAAAUUCAGGUGCAAACAUGAAAACAGUUAAAAUCGCAUCUGCAGAAUUGUACUUUUGCCUUUUAAAUGGAUCAAUCUACAGACACAGCUGGCCUUGCUGUUUUGCUUGGAUAUGUCCCGUAUCAGCACCACCUAACCAUCAAAGAAGGUCUUCUUUUAUGGGAAUGCUUGGCAACAAACACACAUCGUGCUGAAAUAUUUAAAGUGUUGAAUAACUUUUUGGAAUCUCAUGGUUUAUGCUGGAACAACUGUGUUGACAUUUGUACUGAUGGUGCGAAAGUGACGGUGGGUAAAACUACUCAAGCUUUAGCACGAAUCAAGACAGCCGUGCCAAGCUGGACAAGUAGUCAUUUUAUUUAGACUUCACCACGGUGUACUUGAAAUUUAAAAAAAAAAUCAGCUUCACUUAAAAAUCGAGCAAUUAAUUAAGCAAUAAAAUUAAGCAAUUAAGUAAUAAGAUCAUUAAUUUUAUUAAAUCUUGAUUCUUGAGUACACCCUUUUUUCAUAUUCUGUGGGAUGAGAAAGUGGGAAGUAUGCAUUAAGCACUCUAGCUGCAUAGGACGGCCGCCUUGUCCAAUUGAAUUGGGAGCUACAUGAGAAGCUUUUUACCUUGAGCACAUUUUUUUCAUUUCAAUGAAUGACUGACAAAUGAUGAUUGUUCAGACUUGGGUAUUUGGCAGACAUCUUUUUGGAAAUGAUUGAAGUGAACCUGUCACUUCAAGGAAAACAAUUUUAUCCUUAUUGAUGAUGAUAAAAUUUGACUUCAAUAGAAAAUUAGAAUUGUUGAAAACAUAACUUGCCCUCAUGAGCUUGACAUCUUCCCAAUAUUUAAAUAUUUUUCUGCUAUGAUUAGUGAUAUUAAUGAUAAUUUUUUCCCCAUAGGCAUAAUGAAAUAUCUUCUACAUUUAGAAGAUCUUGGUGAACCCAUAUUUUUUCUUUUUUUUCCAUUUUUUUUGAACCCAUAUUUUCCAAAUGACUAGUGCAUGAUACAAAAUAACACAUGGGUAAAAGAUCCAUUCAAAGUGCAAGGUAGACCAAUAAAUUUUAAUGUUACAGAGCAGAAAAAGGUUCUUGUUACAGUUUCAGAUUUUACAUUGCAAAUAACUUUUAAGAAACUCCCACUUUCUGAGUUUGGGUGUACUCAUCAAAGAAAAAUAUCUAUAAAUAUUGGAAAAGGCUAUCAAAAUACUCCUCCCAUUUCCAACUACAUAUCUCUGUGAGGCCAGAUUUUCUUCACAUACUUCACAACAACAACAACAAAAAUAUAUCACAAUCGAUUAAAUGCAGAAGUAGAUAUGAGAAUCCAUCUGCCUUCUAUUAGGCUAGACAUUAAAGAGAUUUUUUGGGGAAAAUAAAACA